AUUGUUGACGUUUUGAUUGUUGAAUGCGAUUGUUGAUUUGGGGACUUGCUUGGUUAGGUUAAUAUUUUGUAUUUUUUUAACUCUAAUAAUUGUUACAGUAAAUAAAUAAAAUGUCAGCAGCAGAAAAAAGACAUACAAGUGUAGAUACUAAUGAAGAUACAGACGACGGGGAUGGCUGGAUUGGACCAAUGCCCUCUGAGGCGGCAAAACCCAAACCGAAGAGACGAAAAGUGCUGGAGUUUGAAUCUCUGUAUAUCGAGAACCUUCCUAACUCCGAGACCUACGAGCGAAGUUACAUGCAUCGGGACGUGGUAACACAUAUUAUUGUCACAAAAACUGACUUCGUUAUCACUGCUAGCCAAGAUGGGCAUUUAAAGUUUUGGAAAAAACAGGAAGAGGGUAUAGAAUUCGUGAAACAUUUCCGAUGUCACCUGGCACCAGUGUGCCAUAUGUCAGCCAAUAGCACCGGCACUCUACUUUGCACGGCUUCUCCGGAGAAGACUCUCAAAGUAUUCGAUGUAGUAAAUUUUGAUAUGAUCAAUAUGAUUACUAUAGACUUUGAGCCCUACUGCACAGAAUGGGUUCACUCAGCAGGGGACCCAAUAUCAGCACUGGCAGUGUCAGAAAAAGGCAGCAACAGGAUACACAUAUUUGACGGAACCCAAGCCUCAGGAGCCCCCUUACACACCUUUGAGACCCUUCACCAGAGUACCGUGGCCACGAUCAAAUACAACUCAGUAUUUGAAACAGCCGUCUCGGUAGACAAAGCAGGCAUAGUCGAAUACUGGACCGGACCAAGACACGAAUUCAAGUUCCCCAAAAACGUGAAUUUUGAGUCAAAAUUAGACACAGAUUUGUUUGAUUUUGUAAAGAAUAAAACUUAUCCCACUGCACUUGCGUUUUCACCUGACGGAAAGAAAAUGGCGUCAAUAAGUUUGGAUAGAAAGGUGCGCGUGUUCCACUUCCUGCAAGGCAAGCUGCACAAGGUGCUGGACGAGAGCCUGCAGCGCUUCCAGGAGCUGCAGCACCAGAGCCAGCAGCUGCCCAACAUGGAGUUUGGUCGGAGAAUGGCAGCCGAGCGCGACUUAGAGAAGUCGGACUCAGUCCACCUAGCCAACAUAUUAUUCGACGCGAGUGGACACUUCGUGAUCUACGCCACCAUGCUCGGAGUGAAGGUGGUGAACCUCGUCAGCAACCGCUGCGUGGCCAUGCUGGGCAAGCCGGAGAACUUGCGGCCGCUACACCUGGCCCUGUUCCAGGGUCGAACAAACCAGUCAAAAGUGGCAACCACCCUCGAGAUGGAAGGCUCAGAGAACCCCACACUUCUUAACGUGAAGACAGAUCCGACUUUAUUCUGUACGGCCUACAAGAAGAGUCGCUUCUACAUGUUCUCACGGCGCAGCCCUGAUGACGUCAGAAGCCCUGAUGCUGACCGAGACAUCUUCAACGAGAAGCCUUCUAAGGAGGACAUUAUCUCUGCUACUGAAGGACAAGGUGUACAAAGGAUAUACGAGCAGGCGAUCCUUCACACGUCGCUAGGCGACAUCCACGUGCGGAUAUUCGGCAAGGACGUGCCUAAAACGGCCGAGAACUUCUGCGUGCACGCUCGCAAUGGAUACUACAACGGACACAUCUUCCACCGAGUCAUCAAGGGCUUCAUGGUGCAGACGGGGGACCCUACCGGUACUGGCACGGGCGGCGAGAGCAUCUGGGGCGGCGAAUUUGCUGACGAAUUCCGGCCGCAACUGAAGCACGACCGGCCAUACACCGUCAGCAUGGCCAACGCCGGGCCCGACUCCAACGGCAGCCAGUUCUUCAUUACUCUGGCGCCCACCCCAUGGCUGGACAACAAACACACGGUGUUCGGGCGUGUAGUACGCGGCAUGGAGGUGGUGCAAGCUCUGGGUGCCGCCAAGACCAACCCCAAGACCGACAAGCCCUACGACGACAUACGCAUCCUGUCCGUCACCGUCAAGUGAGACACCGACAUGUCACGAUCGUGCUGUUGGCGCCUGCGACCGAGCUCACACAACCGUGACGUUGCCCUAUCACCGAUACAAUACGCCCGUGCGGUCACAGUCUCAUGAGCGAACACCACCAAGGCUACCAAUAUCACAAGACUGAGCCGCUGCCGUCGACGUCAGGUUAGCUGGCUGACCGCCGGUGUGGUCAUGGUCACGUGAGCGGGCGCUUCCGACCGACAUGACACGCUCGUGCCGUCACGUGAGCUGGGACCACGGCACUGCCGCGCUAAGGUAUUACGUGAAAUUAUCCGUUUAGAAAUGAUUGUGUAUGUGAAAUUUAAAAUUAAUCAAUUCCCACAGUUCAAACAACAUAUCGUCGCUGUCAGUUCAAAAGGAUGUAUAAAUACUAGUAGAUUUUCAGGAGACACAAAAAACUGUUUAAUUUUCACAUUUGGAUUUGACAUACGUCCUUUUGAACUGACAGCAACGAUAUUUUAAACUUUAAGCCUUGGUUACUUAUUAAAAAAACACAUGAUGAAAUUUAAAACAUACGUGAAUCAAAAAUAUCUCCAAAUUGUUGUUGGAAAUAUUGGAAACACAAACUUUGCGCUCUUAGCAUUUUUACAUUCCUUGACAUUUACAUAGACCAUUAAAUUUUAAGAAGCAUCGCAAGAAUAGUCACUGUUUCCACCAGCCUUAUUUGCAACAUGAAUAUUAAUUA